AUGAUAAGCCAAUCUUACAGAAUUUUAUCAAGAAUCAGUAGAAAUAAUGAAUUAAAAAAAACCUUUUUAACCAAUUUAAACUGUAAAUCAUCAUCACCAUCAAUUAUCAGAAGUUUCUGUAAAAAACAAAAUUUAGAUGAAAAUUUUGAAUAUACAAACAAAUUAGAAGUUCAAGAACUUAAACACUAUAUACCAUGUUAUACUAUUAUGGAUCAAGAAGGUGUCGUUUCAAAACCUGACCAAGACCCAAAUUUUAGUAAAGAAGAAGUUAUUAAAAUGUAUACAACAAUGUUAACAUUAAAUGUUAUGGAUUCAAUUCUUUAUGAUGUACAAAGACAAGGUAGAAUUUCAUUUUAUAUGACAUCAUUUGGUGAAGAAGCAAUUCAUAUUGGAUCAGCAGCAGCAUUAGAGAUGAGUGAUACAAUUUUUGCACAAUAUAGAGAGACUGGUGUAUUCAUGUGGAGAGGAUUCACAAUCAAUGAUAUUAUCAAUCAAUGUUGUACCAAUGAACAUGAUUUAGGUAAAGGUAGACAAAUGCCAAUGCAUUUCGGUUCAAGAAAGAUUAAUCUUCAAACUAUUUCAUCACCAUUAACAACUCAAUUACCACAAGCAGUGGGUAGCUCAUACGCUCAAAAAUUAGCAGGUGAAAAGAAUUGUACCAUCGUUUACUUUGGUGAGGGUGCUGCAAGUGAGGGUGAUUUCCAUGCUGCUAUGAAUUUCGCCGCAGCAUUGUCAACACCAACUAUCUUUUUCUGUCGUAACAAUAAAUGGGCAAUCUCUACACCCUCAAAAGAGCAAUACAAAGGUGAUGGUAUUGCUGGUCGUGGUCCAAAUGGCUACGGUAUGAAAACUAUCAGAGUCGAUGGUAACGAUAUUUGGGCCGUAUACAAUGUGACUAAAUUAGCACGUAAAAUCGCCGUCGAAGAACAAGUUCCAGUUCUCAUCGAAGCUAUGACCUAUCGUGUUGGUCAUCAUUCUACCUCUGAUGACUCUUCUCGUUAUCGUACUGUUGAAGAGAUCAACGCUUGGAAAGAAGGUAAAAAUCCAAUUAGUCGUUUAAGAAACUACAUGAAUCACAAAGGUUGGUGGAGUGAUGCUCAAGAGAAGGAAACUAUCGCAAACGCUCGUACUACCGUUCGUGAAUCCUUAGUCAACGCUGAAAAACAAUAUAAACCAUCAAUCAAUGAAAUCUUUACCGAUGUUUAUGAUAAACCAACUCCAAAUCUCAUCGAACAACAAAAAGAAUUAAUUGAACAUUUGAAAUUAUAUCCAGAUGAAUAUCCAUUAAAUCAAUUUGCUGAUUCAAAAUUAAUUUUAAAAGAUUAA